AUUAUAAUUGAAGGACUGGGUCGUAUGAUGCUUGUUCGGCAGAGUAUACCAUUGCCAGAAGAGAAGAAGACUCUCAGCCACGUCGUGGCUCGAACAGCUAGCGGUGGAGUGUUGGCCGGUCUGGGUGGAUCAGCUGGAAUGGGUCACGGCUCACGACGUCGCAAAGUUCGUGUCCCCGAAUUACAAUCAAGCAAAUUCCUCGAUGACUAUGACGAUGAUCUGGACAUGGGGAAUUUGGAGGGACAUUUCAGCAGUCCAAUUCCAAAUUGUGUAGAUGGAGUCGGCGACUGGAAGAACCACAUGCCCACAGCAGGAAAUAGGGCAGGUUAUGGACUACAGGGUCAUUCAACAUGUCCAGGUUGCAUGGGAUUGGCUGACUCAGUGGGCGACAUUUCUCGUUACAGUGGGCCCCAAGAUUGGCAUGGCGGCAACCAGUCUCAAGAAUCAACUCGAGACGCGAACUCAGCUAAUCCGAAUUUGGAUUCAGAGGACUCUCCAAUUAUGCUGAGUUCAAGUACUAGUCUUGAACGCGAUGUGCGCGAGCUGAAGCGUUAUGUACGCAUGUUUGUCAAUCGUCAGAAGGAAGGGGCUCGUAAAAAUACAAUUGCCAUGGAAUGGCGCACAAUGGCAUUAGUUUUAGACCGUCUAUUCUUCUUCGUCUACAUAGCAACAAUUGGAAUUACUGUAAUCACCGUUUUUACUGUAAAAAAACGCACAGCAUAA